AUGAAUCCCCGUCGUCUUCUGGUAGAACUGACCUUCGAAUCUCUUCACCCAACACUUCCACUCAAAAUGGACGUAAGCUCAAUAAUUGUGAAACAAGAGACUCCUCGAAACCCAACUUUUCUUCAGAGCUCUAAAGAGGAGGGUUUUCUGGAGCCCUGGAGUCCGAUCAUUCGGGGUCGGGUUGGGGUGACUAAUCUGCCUCCACCGCUUGGCGAAGGGCCUGCCCCGCUUGUCGCCUGUGUGCCACGGGCUCUGGGCGCCCUGUCGAUUUGCCAGGCCCUACGACCCCCGGCUCCUCUGCCCUCAGCCCGACACGAUCAGCCUCCCACAGACCGUCGAACUGUCUGGCCCAACGGCACCACCAAGACCGGCCGGGGGGACUGGCGCACUCGGCGUGGCCGAGGCCAGACGACAGUCUCGGGGCGAGCCUGCACUUCUAACGAGCCGGAUGCCGGUUUAGUUUACGGGUCCCACACCAAAAUGAGUGAAGUCCGUCAACUUUUGUGGACACAGCCUUUGACCUUAGACGGCUCAGAGAAAACUCCCACGGCACAGAUUGUUUUUCGACACGGCGACCCCAAAAAGUUUGUGAUUUUGCAAUCCGCGUCGCAGACCCUCAUUCAUUAUCUCCCAACCACACCUACUCUUGGUCGCCACCACACCUUCAACACCAUUCCACCUCUCUCGCCUCGUAAAUGUGUACGCAUGCGUAUAUGUGCAUACUCAUAUUCCUAUGUCGUAUUCGCCCGCCCUUCAAAUUUCGCUCUCGCACACACAGCCCGUCUCGUUUAUAACGGAGAUAUGUUUUAA